GGUCCGUUAUAGUCGCUGACCGUCUCUCCUGCGGCCACAGUCCACUGAGACUCUCAGUCAGUCAACAUGAGUCGAUGGACGCUGCACAACUUUUUAUUUGUCCUGCUUUUCUGCAGCUCAAGCGGACAGAUCGACCAUUUCAGAAGAUUUUCAGAAACAGCCACCCGCUGGGACCGGCAUCAUUCUAAAAUACUAAGGAUAAAGCCAAAGCAGCCCCAAGUCAGUUCCACACCGAGGUUCACCCUGCUGGCUCCAGAUUUGCUGCGAACAGACAGCCAGGAGAACAUCUACCUACAGGCAAACGGUUUGUCCAAACCCGUCACCGUCUCCAUCUCUGUCCUGGACUUCAGUAAGGCCGUGCUCCUCCAGGACUCCACCAUAUUAAAUCCGGAAAAUGGUUUCCACGUCCUCAAGUCCAUACAGCUUCCCUCAGAUCGUUUGAAUCGAGAAGAGAAAAAGAACAAGUUUGUGUAUCUGAAGGUGAACUUUGAGGGCUACCACACGGAGGAGAGGGCCCUGAUGGUGUCUUUUCACUCCGGAUACAUCUUCAUCCAGACUGACAAGCCCAUCUACAACCCCGGAGACAACGUUCGAUACAGAGCCUUCGUGUCCUCUCCGUCCUUUAAGGCCUUUGACAGCUCCAUCACCAUUGACAUCCAGAAUCCAGAUGAUGUGGUGGUCAAACAGCUCUCCAGGGUCAGAGCGACUGAUGGCAUCUUUUCGGGCGACUUUACUCUCUCUGAAAUCGUCAAUGAAGGAAAAUGGAAAGUGAUUGCAAAGUUUGAUCACUGGCAGCAGAACACAUUCAAGGCCCAGUUUGAGGUGAAGAAACACGUGCUUCCUGCCUUCAAUGUCACCCUGACUCCCAGGAAGUCCUUCCUCAACCUGGAUGACACUGAACUGGAAGUCGAGAUCUCAGCCAGGUACCUGUACGGGGAGCCGGUCCAGGGGACGGCCUACGUGGUGUUUGGAGUGAAGAUCAACCAAGAGAUGAGAAGGCUGCCGUCAGUGAAGCAGGUGUCAGAUCUGGAUGGAGGAGUCGUAAAACUGAGCAUGAACGAGAUCAAGAAAGCUCACCCCAACAUCAGAUCUUUGGUGGGAAACUCUGUGUAUGUGAAGGCCUCUGUGCUCACCAAGACAGGCAGCGAUCUGGUCGAAGCAGAGAAGUCCGGCAUUAAAAUUGUGGAGUCUCCGUAUGUCGUGUCCUUCAGAGACGCACCAAAGUACUACAAGGGAGGCCUGCCCUUGGACUUAACAAUCCAGGUGAGCCACCACGACGGUUCCCCGGCCCGCAACGUCCUUGUCAACGUGACGCUGCUGGACGCCCCCCUGGUCGUCUCCAUGGGCUCCGCCAGAGCCACCAUCAACAUGCCCAGUGUUCAACGGCCACAAGUCAUCACUGCUGAGACGGUGCAGGCAGACCUGAGACCAGAGCAGCAGGCCAAACAGCAGGUCACCGUUCUGCCGUACGUCGCCUUUAACUGGCGCCACCAAAACUACCUUUACAUCUCCACAGGGACCAACACGGCGUCUGUAGGAGACAGACUGUCCCUGAAGCUGAGCAUCAGUGUUGCGGACCCGGCACACAGACCUCACAUUACACACGUCACCUACCUGGUGCUGAAUAAAGGCAAAAUCAUUACUGUUGAGCGUGUGGAUGUGACGGGUCAGCUGAUCACCAGCGUCGGGCUCACGGUCACUCCUGAGAUGAUGCCGUCGUUCCGUUUCGUGGCGUUCUACAGUAUUCCCUGGUCGGGGCGCGAGGAGGUGGUGUCGGACUCUAUCUGGGUGGACGUGGCAGAUUCCUGUGUUGGAGGGCUGAAAGUCGGGCCGGUGGACGGCAAACACCGAGACUACACGCCUGGGAAGAGCUUUAGGUUUGAGGUCAAAGGUGACCCGGGGGCAAAGGUCAGCUUGGUGGCUGUGGACAACUCAGUGUAUCUGCUAAACAAGGACAGACUCACACAGAGGAAGAUUUGGAGCACAGUGGAGCACGGAGACAUCGGCUGCACCCGAGGGGGGGGCAGAGACGCCAGGGCGGUCUUCAGUGAUGCAGGACUGCUCUACACCUCCAGUGCUGGAUUCCAAACCCGAACCAGAAACGCCCUGCAGUGUCCAGGCAGCUCCAGAAGGAGGCGCUCUGCUGAACUGUUGCAGCGUAAAGCCCAGCUGGAGAGUCAUUACAAGGAGAAGCUGCAGCAUCGCUGCUGUAAGGACGGCCUCAGGGACAUCCCCAUGCCGUACUCCUGCACGCGGCGCUCCCUCUACAUCACCGAGGGCCCCGAGUGCAUCCGGGCCUUCCGCUACUGCUGCGCCACUUUAAGGAACCAAGUUUUCGACACCGAGAUCCCCACCACCCCACCACCCACCACGGCUGCCUACACCACCUCCGCUCCACUCAGGCCCACUGUCCCAUACCGACGCCCUGGUUUGGUGGAUGUGUCUCCAUAUGGAAUAAUACCCCUAUCAACGGGCACAUUCAAUUGGGGACGUGAACGUGGGUUACCUGGGCCCCCUGGACCGGGUAUAUUCUAUUCAACGGCAAACAAAGUGGCGCCAGAACAAGAUGUGUUUACUUCACCAGUGAGAGAGGUUGUGGAGGAGGCAUAUGAGUGGGACGACGACGAGGAAGAGGGAGAGUAUAUGGAUGAGUCUGACGUGCAUCUGCGAUUCAGGUUCUUCGAGUCCUGGCUGUGGAAGUAUGUUGACCUGCCCAGCGAGACGGACAGAGACGGGUUUGCUUCAAAGGACGUGGACCAUCCGUUACCCGACAGCAUCACAGAGUGGGGAAUCAUGGCCAUCAGUGCAUCACCUCAUACAGGUUUCUGUGUAGCUGAGCCUUACAACAUCAGAGCGUGGAAGCAUUUCUUCGUGGAUCUGAGGCUGCCGUAUUCAGUGGCGAGGCACGAACAGGUCGUGAUUAAAGCCGUGGUUCAUAACUACGGCUACGACGACCUGCAUGUGAGGGUGGUGCUGUUGAAGACAGAAGGCAUGUGCAGCAUCGCCUUCAAGGACAGACACACACAGGAAGUGACGCUGCCGGCCGGCUCCUCUGUCGCCGUGCCGUACACCAUCAUACCGCUGGUGGUCGGGAAACUUCCUCUGGAGGUGAUGGUUUUGGCCAGAGACUCGAUGGGAGGAGACCGCAUCAAGAAAGACCUACGGGUGGUGCUGGAUGGAGUGCAGAAGACUGAAGUUUGGAGUGUGGUGUUGAACCCGUCUGCUGAGGGAGGAACGCAGACAGUUCGUUUGGGCAAGGUCGAGCUGGAGUCAGUUGUGCCGAACUCAGUGCCGGAAACAUACAUCAAUGUCAGAGGCAAUGUGUUGGCCGACAGCAUCGAUAACUCCAUCAGUGAGGACUCUCUGGGCUCCCUGAUCCGGAUGCCCGGCGGCUGUGUGGAGCAGAACUUGGCCACCAUCACUCUGCCGCUCAUCGCCACGCUCUACCUGGAGCGAACCAACAACUGGGAGAGCGUAGGAGUGCAGCGCAAGGCUGAGGCUCUCCGCUACAUCAGGAGAGGUUAUGAGAACCAGCUGGCGUACAGACGGAGUGACGGCUCGUACCCCCCCUACAGGAGGGAAGGUGCAAGUACAUGGAUUACGGCGUACGUGGUGAAAGUUUUCUCCAUGGCUUACUCCAUCAUUGGCAUCGACAAGCAGCAUGUGUGCGAGCCUCUGCUUUACCUGAUGAACAACAAAUUCCAAGCACUUUUUGGGACCUUCAAGGAGGACAACCCAGUUUACAGCACUACCAUGACUGGCGGUCACCAUGGCGACGACCCUGAGAUAACCUUGACAGCCUUUGUCAUUAUAGCGCUCGGUGGAGCCGCAGCUCCAGGUAUUUAGUGUCCACCAAAUCUUUCACUGUAGUUCCGUUUGAGUAAGACAGCCUUGUACCUGAGGAGAGCAGUAAUGAGGACUGGAAGGAGACCCUACACUGUGGCCAUCGCCUCCUACGCGCUGACUAUGCUGACGAAAUAUCAAAACUUCGACCCAAAAAUAUAUUUACUCAGAGCCGCAGCUCCAGAUGGCACCCACUGGCCCGACAGGCACAACACCUUGUUCACCUUGGAGGCGACUGGCUACGCCCUGCUGGCUCUGGUCAAAUUGGGACACAUGCAGGAAGCCGAAAAGCCGUUUAAUUGGCUGAACAGCCAGCGGAGGCAAGGAGGAGGCUUCGGCUCCACUCAGUCCACCAUGGUGGUGCUCCAGGCGCUGUCAGAGUACCUGAUCAACAAACCUCCUCCUAACGACCUCAGUCUGGACGUGGACGUCAGGAUAACGGGACGCAAGGAAAUCCGCUACCAUUUCAACCCCACCACCGCCUACGCUGCUCGCUCCUCCAGGCUGCCUGCUGGUCUCGAUCUGGAAGUGCACGCUCGAGGGAAUGGAGAGGGAAUACUGGAGGUUGUGACCUAUUACAACCAGCUGCACGAGGUAGAUGAGAAAAAACCCUGCACGCACUUCGAUCUUAACGUCACAAUCGAAGAAUCCAGCGAAAAGCCUCCAGCAGACGUGGAGAAGUCCUACCAGAUCACCAUCAGUGUGAGGGCUUUAGGACCCAGAGAUGUCAGAAUGGUGGUCCUGGAUAUAAGUCUGCCCACCGGCUUCACCCCAGAAAACUCCGACCUGGAGAUGUUGUCCAACUCGGUGGACCAUUACAUCAGUAACUUCCAGGUUGUUGAUAACCUGAGUGACAGAGGCUCUCUGAUCGUCCACCUGUUCAAGGUGUCUCACAAGGAGCCGGAGAUCCUGAUAUUCAGGCUUCAGCAGAACUUCAAAGUCGGCCUCCUGCAGCCAUCUUCAGUCACUGUUUAUGAGUAUUACACCCCUGAUCACCGCUGCAGUCGCACCUACACUCCAAGCGAGGACACAGAGGAGCUCACACAGAUCUGCAGGGACAGCGUCUGCCGCUGCACGCAGGGUGACUGCUGCGUCUCCAAAAACGACACUGAAAACUUCUCCGACGGGGAAAGAGAGACGUUUGCUUGUAAAACUUUCCACCAUGUUUUCAGUGUGAAGGUGCUGAGUGUCAGCCAGAGUUACUACGACAAAUAUGAGAUGGAAAUCACGCAAGUUGUCAAGCUGGGUGUGGAGGCAGGCGUUGAAGAAGGCCAGAAGAGGUUUUUCAUGUCUCAUGGAGGCUGCAGAGAUGGACUCAACCUGAAGGUAGGCUCCAACUACCUCAUCAUGGGCCCCAAAGACGACGUGUGGACCACUGACACCGACAACAACAGAUCAAUCUACAUGUUAGGGAAAGACACCUGGGUGGAACGCUGGCCUACGUCUGCAGAGUGCUCCAGCACCCCCAGCCUUCAAGCUAAAUGCAGGAGCCUUGAGGAAACUACAUAUGAACUGUCUGUUGUGGGCUGCAGGCUUUAGAGCAACGACUGCACACCAUCAUCCUGUCUCAUUUUGAUGCAAAGAUUCAAUAGUGAUUUUAGGGUUAAAGCCUGUGCAAAGGGGACGUAAAAACAGGUUGUGUUUUUACUAUGGAAAAAAGAACUGAGAGUGGAGCUUGUUAUCGAAACAAACCCAUGAUCUUUUUCUCUACUGUCAUGAUAUAAGAAUAAAGAGGAACUAGACACUGCAGUAAUAAAAGUAAACUAAACUGCCUCCCUUAAGGUAUUACAGAUUUUAGAAAAUUGAUUUAAAAAAAUUACAUAUUUCCUUUUUUUAUCUAGGUUGUUUUGGUGUGAGUUGCUGAGUGUUGCAGAUACUCAACAGCAAUGUCUCUUUCCAGAAAUCAUGACCUGGUUACUCAUGGUAAUCAACUGUUAUUAGCAGCUUUAUGUAGAAGUCCAGCCGCCAACAGCAUCACCGCACUGAAGGAUGCUCUCAUCUAUCACAAGCUGACCUAUCACCACUGAGCUAGCUCAAGUUACAGCUUGGACACCACGAAUGUUUUCACCUCGCACUCUUGUCUGUGAGUCGAUGCACCCUUCCUUCUGCACAGUGACACAUUUGGUGGAUAUACAGUAGUUUGGUAGAAAGAAAAUAGUUCCUGCAUGAAACUUA